AUGGGAAACCACAUCUCCUACCAAACAUCCGAGUGUCAGAUUCAGUUGCCGGGAACGACUGGCUCUGUCAAAGGUUUGCAGAAUGGCACCCAAUCGAGACGCUUCGCCGGCAUUCCAUACGCACAAUCCCCCGUCGGUGACUUGAGAUGGCGUAAACCUCGACCCUACCCUUUGCAACAGCUCCCCGCAGGCCAGCCCGGGGAUACCUACGAUGCGACGCAAUUUGGGCCGGUCUGCCCGCAGCCUAUUUACUCCAAGGCCGUCAGCUCCCAUGGUGGGCCUAAACACACCUACCAUGAGGAUUGUUUGCGCCUCAAUAUCUGGACACCUGUUCCUGACCCCCAAGUAUGCAAUCCCAAGUGGCCUGUCGUCAUCUGGUUUCAUGGGGGCUGGUUCCAGAUUGGCGACCCCAGCCAAGAGCCGGGAAUGGACCCCACCGAACUCAUUUCCACUGCAAAGUUGAAUGCCAUCUUCAUUGCAGUGGGCUACCGAUUGAAUGUCUUCGGAUUCUUGGCGGGCGAGGCGCUGCGGGAGGAGUCGGCUGGCCAAGAAGUCGGCAACUAUGGCCUUUGGGACCAGCGACUCGCCCUGGAAUGGGUGUACCAGAAUAUUGCUGCAUUUGGGGGCGACCCAGAGAACAUCACAAUCUCGGGUCGCAGUGCUGGCGCUUACGCGGUUCAAGCUCAGGUUCUCUAUGACUUCCGGGGUGAGAUGGAGGACGCCAUGCGCAACAAAUUCCGCAGACUGUACAUGCAUUCUAACGCGAUUCCAUCCCAGCCCAAGACUGUAGAAGAUUGCCAGCCACAGUUCGAUGAAUUGUGUCAGCACUUUGACAUUCCAGAAGACUUGACAGGGGCAGAGAAGUUGGAGAAGCUGCGAGCCAUAAGUGCACCGGACCUAUGUGAUGCGAUCAUGAAACUCAAACACCACACUUUCCGACCGGUCACCGAUGGUGUCUUCAUCCAUCCAGGCGUCUUUGACUACUAUCGCAAUGGAUCUUUCGCCGCCGAGUUCAAGAAACGCGGCCUGCGGUUGUUCAUUGGGGAAGUCCGGGACGAAAACACACUGUAUGCCGUGACGAAUGGUCCGGAGGCCAAUGUGGAGUCUAUGAAACUGCAAGUAUCGAACUACUAUUCUCCUGCCACGACGGACCGUCUACUACGGCAUUACGCCCUACCAGAUUCCACAGACAAGCAGGAAUGGCAAUCUGUCUUCGGACAGAUUAUCGCCGACGGGCAGGUUCGAGCGCCCUACCGGUUUUUGGUGAACAAUCUCCUAGAGCACGGGGUGGAGCUCAAGGAUGUCUGGCGGUAUCUGAUCGCUUACCGAAUGUCAUUCAUCACUGAAAAGGUGGCGCCAGCAUCCUUCGGGGUCAGUCACAGCAUGGACAGACCGAUAUGGAAUUACUCCAUCAUGCAUGGACCCAGCCCGGCAGAGCGCAUUUUGAUGGAUGACUGGAUCCGAGAUCUAGUGGCCUUUGUGAAUGACCAGCCUGAUUACGAGUAUGGCACACGGUCGGCAGAUGAGUACAAGGUGAUGACCCCAGAGGGCACAAUUGAGGUUCAAAAGGACGGCCGAUGGGAUAGUCUUUUGCAGUUGAUGGAUGUGUUUUCGGGUCGUUCGGAGGCUUGA